AACACAACGGCGGUGACGUAUCCGGAAGUACUCCGUCAGCAGCUGCGUCGAAGAGUCGCGGGCUUCAAGAGCCAGAAGGAGACGCGCGUUUGAAAAGCGAGCACGAAGCAGUGGGGCGUCUAAAAGGCGGAGCGGGCUGCAUCACCGCUGGAUGAAGGUGUCGAGCACAGCAAUGGGUCCAGAAAGAGUCUUUCCAAACUCGGAGAACGACUGUCCAGGCGAGGGACUGUCGCUUCCAGGAGCCAUGUCCUGGAAUGGAGUGGAGGAUGGGGAAGAGAUGGACGGGGGGGAGGAGGAGGAGGAGGAGGAGGAGUUUACCAACAGUGGUUAUUACUACCAGCCGUUGAACCAGGAGCCUGAGGGGACCAUCGUGCCGGCGGAGAAUGAGCAGCAGCAGCAGCAGGAGCCCGAGUCGUCCCAUGAUGAGCAGGUGCUGCAGGUCCAGCACAGGAUUCAGGCCAUGGGACUGCACCUGCCUGAAGCGCCGCCGCCCGACAUCGAUGAGGAAGACCCGGAAGGAGCCGCGCUGCAGAGGAGCCGUGCGUCCAUCCCCAUGGACCAAGACCACGUGGAGCUGGUGAAGCGGACCAUGGCUGCGGUGGCGCUCCCAUCCCUGGGCGUGCCGACCUGGGCCCAGGAGAUUUCAGAUGACCAGUGGAAGGAUGUGGUCCAGCAUGCACUGCAGAGCCGCCAGGCAGCUGCCGCCACCGCCGCCUCGCGGCUGCAUCGCCGCGGCAACACCCAUGCUCCCCGAGGGGGCGCUCAAGUCUGAAGAGUCACUACUGGUCUGGAACAUUCCAGUUUGUUUUCUUACUUCUACCUGAUGUUCCCCUUCUGCGCUUGGUAACAGUGAUGCCUGGCUGGUGCUGAACACUGACCUGUCGGAGCGGCUCGCAUGUGGCCGGAGACUUGGACAGUGAAGAGAAGCAUUCCAAACGUCACGUGUGUCCCAGGGGACUGCUUGCUUGUUUACUGCAUCAUAAUACAGUGUGGACUUUUGGAUGAAACUUUUAUUUAGUCUGUACAAAAGUGAGUGUCAGUGUGGUGUCAUUUCUGUAAACUGGUCAUUAAAAGGUUCCAGGGGUCGUCUGGGUCACCAUAUUGUUGAGCGUUGGAAAGAUGGGAUCACAGGUAACAGGACCAGGACUUCAGGGAGAGCUGGCCUGUGGACCAGACACCCGGACUCCUCCUCCACUUCCUGAUCCACACAGCAAUGAUACGAGGAGCUGCAGCUGACGGACGUCACGUGGUAUAGACCUCAAUACCUAACAAGACAGAACCUGUAACCACAGCACGGACACCGCAUCCCACCAUGUUUCACUCAGUUCACUCCGUUGCGUUCCAAUUUGCACAGUGGAUGGCUGACAUGAGCCCAGGUGCAUUCUGGGUAUCACUCGCCUCAUGGCCAACUGUGCACCGUCAGUACUUUGUCCCUGAUGAGGCAACCAAGCCAGCAGACACUUUUGUUGACAACAUUUGGACUCACUACCGUUUGAUGGCUCCGUCAGGGAGCCAGACUCCAGAGGCUGAAAGGGCCCG